AUGGCUCCGCGGAUUGGCAUUUCGGUGUCCCAAUUCGCCGAGCAGCUCUACCGGGCAUGGAUGACUCCGCGAGGGGUCACCUAUGCAGCGGACCGGAGAGUAUUGAACCAUGACCUAGUGACGCUGCCAUGGAAAAUCGGUCUCGCCAUCAGCGGCGGUGCCGAUUCCAUGGCCCUCGCGUACCUGUGCAAGCAGUUAGAACAAACGGCUGACCCCGGAGUGGUCUCCUUUACAGCUUUCGUGGUGGAUCAUCGAGCUCGCCCGGAGAGCAGCCAAGAGGCCAACACGGUGGCCGGCUGGCUACGAGAUAUGGGUAUCAAAACAAAGAUUCUUGAGCUGGACUGGUCUUCCACUUCUGCACGCUCACACUCAAAGGGGGCAAACGCCGAUCCUGUGAAGAUGCCAUUUGCGUUUGAAACCAGUGCUCGUAAGCUGCGGUAUCAGGCCCUCGGUAAAGCUUGCCUACAGGAUGACAUCAAGACCCUCUUGCUUGGUCACCAUAGGGAUGAUAAUGUUGAAACAGUCAUCUGGAGACUCUGUACUGGAGCUCGUGGGACUGGUCUUGGGGGAAUCUCCGAGGUAUCGCGAAUUCCCGAAUGCUACGGCCUUUGGGGGAUUGCCGAGGGUUGUUCCCAUGCAGAACUCCUUGGAACACGAAGCAGCGACGCUCUUCCGGUACGGGUUAGUAUUGAAGAGAAGAACAGAGGUAAAAUCGAAUUCCACUCUCCAUCAAAACCACCGGACGCUCGGAAUCCGCUUCCUGGGCGCCAUACUAAAAAUCAUCCACCAUGGAUCUCUUUACAACCGCCAUUGACCUCUUCACCACUUUUGACGGCAACUGGGGGCAUUUUUCUUUGUCGACCACUUCUUUCUUUCCCCAAGACUCGGCUAGUCGACACCUGCAUAGAGAACAAGGUUCCCUUCGUGUCCGAUCCGACUAAUUUCGACCCUACCCUCACAACCCGCAACACUAUCCGACACCUGCUCUCUAAGAAUGCCUUGCCCCGCGCAUUUCAAUCCGCAUCUAUCCUUUCUCUCAUCGAGGCGGGCCAACAUACUCUCAAAAGAACAGAAGAUCUUUCUAACGAAGUGCUCGCAUCACGAUGUCGUCUCCUCAACCUCAAUCUCAAAACGGGAAGUAUGGCCAUUGAAUUCAAGGACGCACCUGGAUCAACAGAUACCGCGCGGGAUGAAGAUUCCAACCCCGUUGGAUCCCGGAUACUUUCAACUGCCAUGCGCCGUGUGACGGACUUGAUCGCCCCUUGCUCUGCAAACCAUUAUCCCUUGAGCCAUUAUGAGCCAUUUGUGUCCAAAAUUUAUCCUGAUGUCAGGGGCGCCGAGUCUCGAGCCAAGUACCUCAAAGACAGAAAGCCCUUCGUGGCGGGAGGUGUGUUGUUUUGCCCCCUCAAACCGCAAUCCAAGUUGGACCCUACGGACCCAACCACGCCCGCAGCCUUGGUUUCCAUACCUGGCAAAAAUACCUGGCAACUCUCCCGCGCACCAUAUAUGCGGAAACGGUUACCCAAAACUCAAUUUGAGCCGGAUACUUGGACACUAUGGGAUGAUCGUCAUUGGUUGCGGUUCACCAUGGUACCCGACUCUGAACUCAAUGGCCCUGAGUACCGCAGCUUAAAACCGCCUUCUCUCGUUGUUCGUCCUUUCGAACGCUCUGAUCUCGAGAGGAUCCGCUACGAAGACGGAACGCUAGCGGGAAAGUACGGCAGAGUAGCUCCUAAAGCCAGCUAUGUCUGGAAAUGGGUUCAGGAAAUACUUGCGUUGGAGGCUUCUGGUCCAGUCCGGGAAACCGUUCCCGUGCUGACAUUGAAGGAAUCGAGUCCAUCUGGAAAUGUGGAGACUCCUGAGCAGCUAUUAUUGCUACCAACUAUCGGCAUGUGUCUAUCCGGCAUGAAACGUGGGCCGGCCUUUAAUGAGAUGAACAUCUAUUGGAAUGGGUUUUGGUGGAAAAUGACAUGGGAUUGGAAUUACAAAAUGAUUGACACCGAUGCAGUGCGCCUGAUGGGCGGACCAGAUGUGAGUGAUAAGCCUACUGGGUAUGGUACAGAAGUCUAG